AUGACUGUUGCGUUACCUGACGGCGACAAGGCAGGCCUGUUCCCAUCCAAUAUACCCACCCAAAGCCAGUCGACAACUUCCAUUCCAUCAGGCACAGCUACUCAAACCAAUGGUACCGAAAAGGAUGAAAUCUGGUCGUCCAUUCUCAAGGGCGUCGCAUCCUCCAAAAUGGUCCCUACCAAAAACGUCCUUGUGUUAGGUGACUCGAGCUGUGGCAAGUCGACACUGAUUCACUAUCUCAAGCACGAUCCGGGUCCGCUUGCUCCCAAACCUACGACUGAUGAUGUAGCCGCUGCUUCUUCUUUUGGUGUCAAUCCUCCUAGUUACGCGCACGUGUCUGUUGACAAUCUCGACGAGGAUGUGACCAAUACACUUGCCUUGGGAUAUACGUUUGCCGAUGUGCACGAUGAGGAUAAUGAAGCCAUUGCUCGUCUCGGCAUGUAUCAACUUGGUUUAUCUGCACCCGAGUACCUCCCUUUACUUCGAUUUGCACUCAACUCGGAAACAUUGGCCGAUUCUAUGGUGAUCAUUGCACUCGACUGGACGCGUCCUUGGAAGUUUUUGGAAUCAUUUCAACGUUGGAUCCAAGUAUUGCAACAAGUCAUUGAUGAUAUCUGUAAACAAGGCAGUGCUGGUGAAUCAUGGAGUCGAGGAAAAGCGGUGGUAGAUGAAUUGCGUGAAAAAGUGGAACAUUAUCUGCAAACCUAUACUGAACCUGCACAAAACACGCUCAAUGGUUACACCAUGGUUGCUUCCACUUCUACAAGCUCGGUUCCUUCAACACCUGUUGUUUCGACUCCUUUGGUCACUACGACUACUCAAGCUGAUCAAGUCACCCUUCCACUCACACAAGGUUGUCUUACUACCAAUCUUGGUGUUCCUAUCGUCAUUGUUUGCUGCAAGAGCGAUGUUCUCAACAUGUUGGAGCAAACGCAAGAUUACAAGGAAGAGCAGUUCGAUUACAUUCAACAAACCUUGCGUUGUGUAUGCAUGAAGUAUGGUGCUGCUAUGUUUUACACCUCCACUUUGCAUCCAUACACCUUCCACAACUUGAGACAGUACAUUUUGCAUCGCUUGCUUACGACCAACACCAAGGCAUAUCCAUUUAAUCUCAAGGCUCAAGUGAUUGAACGUGACUCUGUGCUUGUACCAGCAGGAUGGGAUUCAUGGGGCAAAAUUCGGGUGUUGCGAGAAGGAUUCGAUUGUGAGGAGGUGCACCAAGAAUGGGAUGCCGAUAUGGAAGCUAUUAUGGAUCGUCAACAACCUGGUGCUCAUGGUGCUCGUGGUGUGUAUGAAGAAGUGAUACCCGAUCCAGAAACAGUGGAACAACCUCUUAAUAUAUCCCCUCCCGUCACUUGUGAGGAUGAACAAGUCUUUUUCGAACGUCAUCAUGAAACCUUGCGACCUGCAAGACGUCCAGAAGGUACAACGAAUAAGGCACGAUCUGGCAGCAUAUCAGCACGUCCCAGUGUGGUGGGUCCUAUCAACAUGUCACAGGCAUCGAUUGAAUUGGUGGAUAAUGCAGAUGCUGCAGGACGAUCACUACGACACAAGGAUUCAUUCUCCAAGGCACAAGGUGCAAGGUCGUCUCCACAAGUGGAUCCUAUUCAAACAUCAGUGGAUGGUGCUGGAGCAGGUGCAGGUGCUGGCAAUUCUGUUCAUGGCAACGAUAUGGCAUCCAAUCAAGCUAUUGCUAGCUUCUUUCAAUCAUUGCUGCAACGCAAGACAACAGGAUCAGGUGGUGGAUCGCCUACUGCAACAACACCAGGUAUGGGUUUACCCAUGGGUGAACAAACAGGCACCGGUCGACGAAACACCAUUAGCAAAAAGGAAGUGCAUCGUGAAUUGGAUCGCAUGCGUCAAUUUGUAAACAAGCAAUGA